AGCGACAAAGGUGUCAUGCAAUCGGGCUCUGCUUAGUACACGAGUUGCACAGAUUGAUAUAACGUAUGAGCAAUAGGAUUUAUUUGCUUGCUAUUUUCUCUUUGGUUGUCGUUUCACUGUCCUAUCGCUGUGUGGAAACGGGGAGGGACUAGAGUUACUAAGGCCAGUCUGCUGUCAGGUAGAUUGUAUAAAGAAAAUAACAGUAUGGUGCCUUAGCGGCUGUCUGUUUACCCAGAAAAGGAAAGGGCUUUCAAACCAGACCAGCUCAUUUCAAGAUUCACCUGUACAUAAACUGUUUUGUACUUUUAUUUUUUAUUACUUUUACUUUGGACUUGGGCAUGUAAAUAGUCCAUGUACCGAUGUGCCAGUGUUACAAAUGGAAAGGGGGUUUCACUUUGGAAACGUGAGCAUAUCCCUAGUGCUCCUAUUGUUGUUGAGGGCUCUGACAGGGACUUCUCCAACUCCAAGCUCUACUGUCGGGAGAGAGCCCCAACCCGCAGCCGCCCUGGAGUCACUCAAUCCCGGCGACGAUGAACCCGACGAUGUCGGGGUGGAACGGGGGUUGGAAAGUAUUGGAGGUCCGGUUCCUGGUGUUACUGGGGACGUGACCGUAGAGGAUCAAGAUGAUGACAGUGGGGCGGCGGAGGGCGAGGAGUCUUACGGGGAGAGUGACGGAAACCUCAAACCCAAACGCUCCCUGGUGAUUAUCAGUACUCUGGACGGUCGUAUCUCAGCCCUGGACCCCUACAACCAGGGCCGUAAGCAGUGGGACCUGGAUGUGGGAUCAGGAUGUCUGGUCUCAUCCAGCCUCAGCAAGCCAGAGGUCUUUGGUAAUAAGAUGUUCAUCCCCUCUCUUGAUGGAGCUCUGUUCCAGUGGAAUAGAGACAGAGAGAGCAUGGAGGCGGUUCCUUUCAGUGUGGAGUCUCUUCUGGAGUCCUCCUAUCGCAUUGGAGAAGACACGGUUCUGGUGGGAGGCAAGAGUCUCACUACCUACGGACUAGGAGCCUACAGUGGCAAGCUGAGGUACAUCUGCUCAGCGGUUGGCUGUAGCCGCUGGGGCGAGGAGGAGGCGGAGCCAGAGGAUGUGUUACUGCUGCAGAGGACCCAGAAGACGGUCAGGGCCGUCAGACCACGCUCCGGUUUAGAGAAGUGGAACUUCAGUGUGGGGAACUUUGAGCUGAAGUUUGUUCCUGACGUACAGCUGACCAGUAACUUCCUGGAAGGGGAGAUGGUGAGUGGCGAGGUGUGGCGGGAGGAGCAGAAGAACAGUGGCCAGAAGAUCAUCAUGGAGGACACUACUGACCGGCACACGACUACAGACACACACACGGACGCCCCAGGGCCGGGCUCACCGGAUCUGGUCAUUAAGGUGUCCGUUCCUGACUGGAAGGUUAUGGCCUUUAGCACCCAGCCUGACGGACAGCUGGUCUGGGAACAUCAGUUCUGCACCCCCAUCGCUUCCGCCUGGUUGGUUGGUGGGGGAAAGGUGACUCCCAUUAGCCUGUUUGAUGACACGCCCUACGGCGGGAGUCCUGACGCAGAGGAGGAGGUGGAGGAGGAGGACGAGGACAUUAUGGAGCAGGCCAGAGGAGCCACAGAGUCCAGUGUCUACCUAGGCAUGUACCAGGGCCAGCUGUACCUCCAAUCAUCAGUCAAGAUCACUGAGAAGUUCCCAUCUAAAGCCCUGAACGGGCCAGAACCAAACUCCAUCCCCACCAUCCGAUGGAAACCCCUCAUACAUUCUCCAUCCCGGACUCCGGUGUUGGUUGGUUCAGAUGAGUUUGACAAGUGUCUGAACAAUGACAAGUUCUCUCAUGAAGAAUACAGCAAUGGAGCACUGUCCGUACUGCAGUACCCAUAUGACAACGGGUACUACUUCCCAUACAGUAAGCGUUACCGUGAGCGACGUGGCGUGGCGGAGGUGUCUCUGGUGAAAGAUGGUGGUUCGCCUGGGGAGCGGAGGAGGAAAGACCCGGUCCUGUUACUGCCCUGGUGGAAGGAGAUCCUGGGGACCAUCGUGUUCUGCAUCGCUGCAACCACAUACAUCGUCAGGACGUUCUUUCACCCCCACGCCCCUGUCAUCUACACACGGCAACGGAAGGAGUCAGAGACUCAGUGUCAGACGGACAGCAAGUAUGACCUUGAGGUAGCGGAACCCAAAGAGACUGUUGUCAUGGAGACACGCUCCAGCGAAUACGUGUCCAGGUACCUGACAGACUUUGAGCCGGUGCAGUGCCUCGGCCGCGGAGGGUUCGGAGUGGUGUUUGAGGCUCGGAACCAGGUAGAUGAUUGCCACUACGCCAUCAAGCGGAUCCGCCUGCCGAACCGAGAACUGGCGCGGGAGAAGGUGAUGCGGGAGGUCAAGGCCCUGGCAAAACUGGAACAUCCUGGCAUCAUCCGCUACUUCAACGCCUGGCAGGAGAGCCCCCCAGAGGGAUGGCAGGAGGAGCAGGACCAGCGCUGGCUGGAGGAGAGCACCACAGACUGGCCCCUGACCUCCCCUGACCACAUGGAGGUGCUGUCCGUGAAGGUCCCGGUGUCUUCCAGCCCCGCGUCCUCUGCGUCUCAGCCAGGAAGAGACGCCACGGGCGGAUCCUUCAUGACUGAGCGUGACCAAUCGCUGCUCUCCAGUUUGGCAGGCGGGGCCAUGUGCUUUGGGGGUGGGUCUUUGGACCACCCCUUCCCCCUUCUGAUUGGACAGGACAGUAUGAUUUCAGAGCAGGACAGUCAACCAGACCCCGAGGCCUCUGCGUCCUUUGAGCUCUGCCCCCCGCGUGUCGACUGCAGCUCCUCCUCCUUUGACAUUGUGUUCGAGGACUCGGGCUGCGACCGUGACACUGAGGUCACGACCCCCUCAGGAGCCUCAGGAUUGGCCGAUCCACUGAUCUCUGACAAGGCUAGCUCCUCCUCCCAGACCAGAGGAGCCGCCCCCGCCACCUCCUUUUCUCCUCCCCGCCCCACUUCCCUCCUCCUGGCUCCUAGCCCGUCCCAGGGCCCCCCCGCCCCGCGGACCCAGCCCUCUCCGAAGGUGUACCUGUACAUCCAGAUGCAGCUGUGUCGUAAAGACACCUUGAAGGACUGGAUGUCCCAGAGAUGUCUUCCUGAACACAGGGAGCAAUCUCAGUGUCUAGACAUAUUCCUGCAGAUCGCCGAAGCCGUUCACUUCCUUCACAGCAAGGGGCUGAUGCACAGAGACCUCAAGCCCUCCAACAUCUUCUUCACCGUGGACGACGUGGUGAAGGUGGGAGACUUCGGGCUGGUGACAGCCAUGGACCAGGAAGAGGAUGAAGACGACCUGGGCCCGUUGACACCCGUGCCCAGCUACGCCCGACACACCGGCCAGGUUGGCACAAAGCUCUACAUGAGUCCAGAACAGCUGUCUGGUAACUCGUACUCUCACAAAGUGGACAUCUACUCGUUGGGUCUGAUCCUGUUUGAGCUGCUCUGCCCUUUCAGAACUCAGAUGGAGAGAGUCCAGACUCUGACUGAAGUUCGAAGGCUGCAGUUUCCUAAUGUGUUCUCCAAGAACAACAUCCAAGAGCUUGGCAUGGUACGGAGCAUGUUGUCCCGUGACCCGGCUGAGCGCCCGGAGGCAGCAGAAAUCACAGAGGAGCCUCUCUUCCAGGACCUUGAGGUCCCGUGUCGCCUGGCCGUCCGGCAACGCUCUCGGACCUACAGCGCCUCUUCAGCGGGGCGGCCUGCGCGCAUCUCAACAGCCUCCUCCUGAACGCACAACCCCCCCCCCCCUUGCGCCAGUCUCUUGCCGGAAAGAAGCUCCUGCCACACAUGAACCCCCCCCUUUGCUACCCCUGAUACCUGUUACAUACAACAAUAUUUUCUCUGUCAACACUGUCCACAAUCCUCAAACCCCGUUAUCAAGCAUGAACUGUCCUUAAAAACGGGUAACUAGUACUGAGACUGUACUAGUACAAGCGCUGGUAUUGUACCACCAACAUGCCUGACCUGAGAGACCAAAAACAUUUUCAAACUUUUCCUGUUAGUUGUAAGGGCGAUGAUGAGUAGAUGUACUGCUUAGGCCUUAGAUGAGAGGAGGGGCUUACUGCCUUGUGCUUUGACAGUGAAAUGAGUGUGUGCAAUGCAUCUGAUCUGCCUUGGACAUGGAGAGCUGCUCUCUACUGGAAUGAAUGGUGAGAUGCUGAGUCACGUUUCUACUGGAGAGCUGUUUCGACUGCAUGGUGACAAUAGGAAAGAACUAGGGAUCUGGCUUAAGCUGGGACCUGGAGAAAGAACUCCUCUAUCUUUCUUUUUCUAUAUGUGUGAGGAAAAAAAAGCAUAUUUGCAGCCAGAGAUGGACAGUGAUUUCCACAAAAAUACACCCCCCUCCCGCCAUGUUGUAAAUAAGAAAGUGUCAAUUCAAAGUUUGAUCAAACCUGUAAAUACUGAUGCUGUAAAAAGGUUCUAUUCUCUUUUUAAAUGACACUGAAACACCUCUGCCUUUGUUUGGAGUGUGAUAGCAUUAUAAUGGCUUGGGUCCCAAAUGACAAUAGGGCCUGGUGAAAGGUAGUGAACUACUUAAAUAAUAGGGUGUCUUUUGAUACUGUCACCUAAACAAGUGUGAAUCGGGUUCUCAGUUAAAGAGGACCUCUCAACAUGUUUGUCCUGUCACUCUUCAUUUUGUGAUAUAAGAAACACUUUGUUUUCUCCUCUGUACACAACAUAAGAACAGCUUUAGUCAUUAAUUCUAUACACUUAUAACUAAAUGUAAUAUAAUUAGCGAUUAAUCAAUUGUACUUUUUCUAAUGAUUUUUGACAAUUUCUUUUUGAUAUGAUGCAAUUCUGCAAACUUUUUUCAUUAAUGUAAAGUUUAGUUGUUUCUGAUUUGUGUCGGAAUACAGGCUGAUUAAUUAGCCAGAUCAUAGGUCCACUUCUGUUGAGUGGAAAUCAGAGAUUAGCUAAUGCUAAAGGGAUGUUUUUAUUCUAAUGAAUAUGUCCCUGGUAGAAUGUUCCCACUAGAUCGGAGUUUUACCGUUUGUGACCUGUAACCUUACUCCGUUGACCUACUUUUGUCAUCUCAAAAAAGGUGAUCUUAGCUUUUACUGCGGAAGUUCUGGUCAUCCCUUAUUGUUUUGUUUUCUGUUUUAAAUGACCGCCAGCUAGGUUCAAGCAUCAGUUGUUCACAAUGUGUUGUUGAAUUAGUUACUUGAUUGCUAUCUAGGAGAUAUCAAGGGGGAUCUCUUGUUGGAUUUUGGUCUGAUGCCCUCCCAUGGCCUCUGACCUUUGACCUGUAGUUAAAUGUCUCUGUCCAUCUCAUCUGGCGAUGAUGUAAAUAUGUGUAUUUGUUUUAUUUAUGUUUAAUGCUGACAUCAAUCUGUUUUGGUUGGUGGUACAUAUGAAUGAAUGCACUUUGUCCCAUGAAGUGUGUUGGAACAUGAUGACUUCUUACAAGUCAAAAUUUAAUAAACGGUUCUAUUACAUUUGUACA